CCUUUCAUUCAUCUCUCUAUACCUAUCUUACUGCAAAAAAAAUCUUACAUCAACAUAAACAUCCAACCUUGGUCCCAAAUUCUUCACCAAAAUAUGGCUGCUAAACGAUUUUUAUUUGAUUCUAUUCAAGACAAUAAAGACAAACCAAAUGACAAUAAACGCAUGAGAACUACCUCAAGAUCUUCUUUUGCUUCGGUAAUAGGAGAAGUAGUUAUGGUGAAAAACAUGCAAAAUCUUUUCUCUGGCUUGGAACCUUUACUUAGAAGAGUGGUGAACGAAGAGGUGGAACGAGCGAUGAGACAAUGUUAUCCACCGCGAUCAAUAACAAAGUCAUCUUCAUUGAGACUCAAAGGAGUUGAAGAACCAUCAAGUUUUGAAUUCAUGUUCAAUAAGAAACUUUCACUUCCAAUAUUCACAGGUAGUAAAAUACUAGAUAUGGAUGGAAACUCAAUCAAUGUGAUUCUUGUUGACAAAAGCAAUGGCCAAAUUGUUCCUACAAGUUUACCUCAUCCAAUCAAGAUUGAAAUUGUAGUUCUUGAUGGAGAUUUUCCUCCUGGUGAAAAGGAAUCAUCAUGGACAAGUGAAGAAUUCAAUAGUAAUAUUGUGAAAGAGAGAACUGGAAAGAGACCAUUGCUUACAGGAGAAUUGAAUCUUACUAUGAGAGAUGGAAUUGCACCUAUUGGAGAUAUUGAGUUCACCGAUAAUUCUAGCUGGAUUCGUAGCAGAAAGUUUAGAGUUGCUGUUAGAAUUGCACCUGGGACUAAUCAAAGUGUCCGAAUUCGUGAAGGCAUGACUGAACCUUUUGUUGUUAAGGAUCACCGUGGUGAAUUGUACAAGAAACACCACCCACCAAAUCUAAAUGAUGAAGUUUGGCGCUUAGAGAAGAUUGGAAAAGAUGGAGCUUUUCACAAAAAAUUGACUAAAGAAGGAAUCACCACAGUGCAAGAAUUUCUCAAAUUAUCUGUUGUUGACCCUCUUAGGCUAAGAAAGAUUUUAGGCAUGGGGAUGUCAGAGAAAAUGUGGGAUGUGACAAUUAGGCAUGCCAAAACUUGUUUGAUGGGAAACAAACUAUAUGUCUACCGUGGGCCUCAAGUUACCAUAUAUCUCAACGCCAUAUGCCAAAUGGUUAAAGCUUAUGUCGACGGUCAAAUUAUUCCCAACCGAGACAUUAACAACAUGAAUAAGGGAUACAUAGAAAAAUUGGUGAGAGAAGCACAUGCUAGAUGGAAUGAUUUGGAGGAAAUUGAUGAAGUUUUGAAUGACAAUGUUGCUUUGUUAACUCAAGGUGAGACAGUGGAGCAAUUUCAAAAUAAUAUUCAUCAAGCACCAGUUAUAACAUAUGAUCAGAAUGAAUUUUUUGGUGAUAAAUGUAUAGAUGGUGGCAACUAUGUAGCAAGUCAUAAUAAUAAUGCACAAAUAGGUUGCAUUCAGUGGUCACCACCACAUACCACAUCACAAUUCAUGAAUGGCAUAUUAUCUUAUAGCUUCUCAGAUUUACAAUCAGAAGGUGCUGAUAUAAUGCCUUUAAGGUGGCAUUAGGAAAAUUUGUAAUUUGACUUAAGCUGUAUACAUAAAAGGUACUAGUAGCAGUUGGAGAAUCAAAUUAGGUUUUAGAGACAUUGUGUCAAGAAGUGUUGGCACAAAACUUAAAGUGUAGCCUAUCCUAAUUUGGCUUAUGUUGGGCUCUCUUUAUAGUUAAGAUUAGUGAUUUUGUAGGCCCAUUCUAAUGUUGUGAAAUAUGGGCCUUGCUUUUCUCCUGUUAAAAAUGCAAACCUGCCUUUACUGGGCCAGUGUUGCUAUAUGUUUAUCAUAUUUUAUAUUAGAUGCUAUAUUUAUUUGUCA